GUGCCAUUAAAUGGGCAGCAAGUGAGACCGGAGGUUCCCAGACGGCUCUUAUCCUCCUGUCCGAACUCCGGGCACCAAGAAACGCUGGAAAGAAUGAAGUUUAGGCUUACCCCAAGAUGGCCUCUUCUUCCCCACCACCAUCUCCGACACCUACGCCACCUCUCCCGCCCUCGCCAUCUCCUCGACACCACCCUCUCCAGAGAACUCCACGCGACUCGUUCUUCUUUCAAUACCGGAAACAGCGGCAGCGGCGGCGACUCGGGUACUUUUCUUCUGGUACCUGGUGCAACAAUGGCUACCAUUCUUAUGCUUGGCAUUCUCCAUGCUCGGCGCCUCUACGAUGACAAGAAGGUCGAAGAUAUGAAGGAGAAAGGAAUUGAACUUGAGUUCUCACCAGAUGUGAAGGCUUCAUUCCUGAGGCUCUUGCCUUUGCGUUCUAUGUCACGCUGUUGGGGAUUUCUAAUGAGUGUGGAAAUUCCAGUACGGCUGCGUCCUUUCAUCUAUAAAGCUUGGGCCCGAGCAUUUCAUUCAAAUUUGGACGAAGCUGCUUUGCCACUGGAAAACUAUGUUUCGCUACAGGAAUUUUUUAUCCGCACUCUCAAAGAAGGGUCCAGACCUAUUGAUCCAGAUCCAAACUGCCUGGUCAGUCCUGUGGAUGGUAAAAUCUUGCGCCUUGGAGAGCUCAGAGGAUCAGGGGCUAUGAUUGAACAAGUCAAAGGAUUUUCAUAUUCUGCUGCUUCUCUUCUUGGUGCAAAUUCAUUACUUCAUGAUGCUGUUGAUGAGGAGACAUGCAAAGAACAUUCUGAACAGAGUAUAACUGAACAUUCAAGCAGAAAAUCAUGGUGGCGAAUAUCAUUUGCUUCACCUAAAUUGCGAGGCCCUGUUUCCGUGAGACAAUUACCGCGCCAACCCAUGAGCCCAAAGAAAGGUCUCUUUUAUUGCGUGAUAUAUUUAAAGCCUGGUGACUAUCAUCGAGUGCACUCUCCCAUUGAUUGGCAUGUAUUAAUACGCCGGCAUUUCUCAGGCCGUCUAUUUCCUUUGAAUGAACGUGCGACACGAACAAUUAGAAACCUACAUGUUGAGAAUGAAAGGGUUGUUCUAGAAGGUCGAUGGGAAGAAGGAUUUAUAGCUAUGGCAGCAAUUGGUGCUACAAAUGUCGGAUCUAUCAAACUCUUCAUUGAACCAGAGUUGAAGACAAACCGGCCAAGAAAACGAUUGCUGCACUCAGAGCCUCCAGAUGAACGAGUAUAUGAACCAGAAGGUGUUGGUGUGAUGGUUAAGAAGGGUGAAGAGUUGGCAGCAUUCAACAUGGGGUCAACUGUGGUUCUUGUAUUUCAAGCUUCUGUUUCAGAAUCACCAGGAAAAGAUGAUCAUUCCUCAGAGUUUAAAUUCUGUGUCAAAAGUGGGGAUAAGAUCAAGGUUGGAGAAGUCAUUGGUAAAUGGAGUUGUUCUUAGCAAUUGUGAGACCCAUUGAGCAUGUGCUACUUAUUAUAGGGAACUGGUCAUGGUGCCUGUGUUGAUUUUGUAGUGAAUCGAUCAGAUGACAUUACCUUAACCAAAAAAAAUGUGGCUAAAUCUGGGGUUUUUCUUCUUUUAUGACUUCCCCAUAACAAACUUCGAUUCGUCUUAAUGAUAUACUGCAUUAUAGUGUA